UAUCUAACUGGUCUUAGUUCAUUUGAACUAAACCAAUGAAUUUGUCAACAGAACAAGCCUUACUAGUGGCUUCAGAGGAAGAGCAAGAAAGGCGUGAAAGAAGCGAAAAGAAGCAACCACAGGUCAAAGAAGGAAAUAAUACAAACAAAAGUGAAAAAAUACCAGUAUCAGAAAAUCUAUGUGAUCGCACAGCUGCUGCUGACAGAUUACCCCAACAAAGAAAGACUGGGGAAAUGCAUCCUCAGCAGUUUCCCAAGAAGCUGAAGGAAGAGCGUGAUAGAUGCACCUUAAAACAGGAAAAUGAAGAAAAAAUAAAUGUUAAUAUGCUGUCCAAAAAAAAUAGAGAAGAAUUAGAAAGGAAAGAGAAACAACAAAAGAAAGAAGUUGAAGCAAAACAACCUGAACCGACUGUUCAGUCACUAGAGAUGAAACCAAAAACUGCAAGAAAUACUCCAAAUGAGGAUUUUCAUACUCAUGAAGAAACGGAAGAUCUGAUGGAUGAAAAAUGCAUUUUGAGGAGAGAUAUUGCUAUACUCAGGCAGAAAAUACUCACAAUGAAAAAUGACGACUUGGAAAAAGAAAAUGAAUAUCUUAAGGAGAUUAAAAUUAUUAAAGAAAGAAAUGCUGCCCUUGAAAAGAGUAUAAAACUCUGUGACGAAAUAGCAAAUACAGCAUUCCAGGUUCAACAACAGCUGAAUGAUCUCGAAACUGAGAAUGAAAGGCUCAAUUCCAAACUGCUGAAGAUAAAAAAAAGCCAGGCAAGACUGGAAGCUGAAAUGGAAUCUUAUCAGUCUAGACUGGCUGCUGUUAAAAGUAAGCAUAGUGAAAUUGUGAAAGCAAAAAGAAACCUAAAACUUGCCUUACAGAACACACAAGACAUUUCUGUGCAAAAAAAAAUGAGUUCUAAUAUCUCCGAAGUUGAAGAUAAGAAUGAAUUUCUCACUGAACAACUUUCUAAAACGCGAGUUAAAUUCAAUACCUUAAAACAUAAGUUCCGUAAGACAAGAGAUACUCUCAGAACAAAGUCAUUGGCUUUAGAAACUCUACAAAACGACCUAAGCCAAGCCCAGCAGCAAAUAAAGGAAAUGAAAGAGAUGUAUCAAAAUGCAGAAGCUAAAGUGAGGAAUAGCAUUAGGAGAUAUACCUAAUGUAAAUGACGAGUUAAUGGAUGCAGCACACCAACAUGGC